ACACGGCGGGCCCCGCCUCAGCACCUCCGGCAGCCUCAAAACGGCGGCGGGGAGGAAGUGGGAGCCGAGCCCGGCGCGAUGUCGGAGCUGGAGCGGCUGCAGCAGAGCGAGCUCCCCGCGGGCCGGCAGCGCCUGCGGGAGCAGCACGGGAACCUGCUCAGGGUGGCCGAGUAUUGCCACAGCGGCUACCUGCAGGCCGGCGACAAGAGGAAGGCGCUGGAGGAGACGAUGGCUCUGAGCACGCAGGCCCUGGCCAGUGUCACCUCCCAGCUCAGCAGCCUGGCCACCGCCUUCCUGCGCCUGCUGGAGCUGCAGGCGGCCCGGCUGCGCCGGCUGGAGGCCGACAUCACCUGCGUGGCACAGAGGGUGGACAUCCACAAGGAGAAGGUGUCACGGCGCGAGAUCGGCACGCUGACCGUCAGCAAGAGGCUCCCGAGCUGCCCCAAGAUCGCGGCCCCCCCGAGCCCCCCCGUGCUGGAGCCCUAUCACCGGACACCCCUGAGCUUCAGCGCCCUGGACGGCGUCGGCCACGGGGUCAAGGUCAGGAGGGGCCCCACGGGUGGCAUUUCUGUGUCCCCGCUGUCCCCAGGGUCCCCGAGGGUGCAGAGCCCUCUUUCCCAGCUCUGGAAAAUCCCCACAGGAGGGGUUUGGGAGCCCCAGACCCGCCCAUGGAGCCUUUCCCAGCUCUGAAAGGUGCCCAGGAAAGAGUUUUGGAGACUUCCCAGCCCCACUGAAACUCCCUGACUGCAGAAAUCCCCCACGAGGGGGUU